AUGAAUUAGCUUGACUCAUUUUCACCGACAGGUCUAAUGCCCGGGGUAUCAAUCUUCUGACCCCGUCACGGCUGCGAAUCCAUUCUGCUCCUGCAGGUAUCUGAGCGAAGCCGCCAUGGGUUUGACCCACCUUGCCAACCACGGCUAUGUCCACAACGACAUCAAGCCAGCUAAUAUCUUGCUCGUGAACUCCACACAGGAUGGGAACACGAAAACACGAGCAGUACUGGCGGACUUCGGAUGCGCGUUAGGUGACAGCACCGCCCUACAUGUGUUAGGAAGAAUUACUCACGUGUGUGUUCGAUGGCCUAUUCCCCGCUUUGGGCCAACGUCUUAUCAAUCUGUUCUGGCCUUCGCCUCCCUCUGCCAAAAAACAUUUCAGCGUGCCCCUUCACUGAGAGACGGUGUCGCUACUACGUUGGAGUGGNAACAACACCGCCCCAUGUCCAUCGGAGACGAACGUUUGGGAGAAGGCACCCUCGGGAGCAGGCCGCCGGAAGCGAGAAGCCCGGUCAGAUGCCACCCGUUCGCGGAGGUUUUCUCCAUGGCACACACCUGCCUGGUCACGUUCACCAAGAGGGGCCGGAAAUGUCAUAAUGUGUUCGCAAGCGAGGAGCUAAUAACGCGCUGCGACAGAAGGUGCCUCGACAAUAUCGACGACGACCGUCGGUUCGACACGUACAUCGAGAUAAUCUCCCACCGGAACAUGCUGGAGUCCUCUACACUCGAGAUCUUGCUCAACCCAGACCACCUUCUGGACGAGCUUCAUGACGUGAAGCAGGAGUUCAUCGAGAUCGUACGAGCGGCCCUCCAACGCGACCCGACCCUCCGCCCUUCGCCAGCGGAGCUUGUCGAGUCCCUCACCAGCAUGAGCACUCGCUUGCUCGAGAAGGAACGAGGGAUCACACCCGUCUCCGCUGCUGCUACUGCCGCCGCUGCUGCCACGACAAACGCCGUUGCUGCGGCACCCGCCCCUCCCCAGAUGGCACCAUCGCUCGCUCAAGUACUGAGCGGUGAAGGUGGCGGCGACGGCGGGAGACCUAUUGUGAGCGGCGGUGGGGGCAGUGGCGGUGGAAAUGCUAUGCUACCGUUGAUAAUGCAACCCACGGGAGGGGACGCGGCGGUGGUAGGCCGGGCGGGUGCUGGCGGGUCGGCCGCCACGCCCUUCCCGAAAGAUUCUGCUGGUGGAGCGACGGCAGCAGCGGUAGCAGCGGACGGCAGGGCAUGCUGGCAGCCACCUUCGAGCAACGUGCCGCGCGAUUCCCCCCUCAUCAGUGGAGAAGUACGAGCAGGAGAUGAGAGGGUGCCCCGGGCGAUUCAGGUCGGCAGUCAGCAUGUGCCCUCCCCGUACGACGGUCACCGUGACCCGGGGGGUGGGGAGUUCAAGAACCUCCAGCCAGCGGGACGAGUCGGCGGGGACGGCAAUGCCGCGCGUGUCGGUGCUUAUGCACAGGCCCCGCAACACUGCCACCACCACCCUCAGCGGCAAGGAUGCGCACCCACGACUGCCGCUGCCCCACGCCACCGCCGGCACAACCACCACCACCAGCACCGCGGUGGUAACGAAGAGGCCGGUGUUGGCAUCGGUGUGAAGCCAGACGCCCGCCGCUCCGGCGCCGCAGGCGGAAAGGGACACAGCGGCCGCCGCCCCCAGCACGACGCUCCCCGGAACAACAUGAACAGUGCGUUUGAUGGAACCGGCACUGUCGUCCCAUCGCCACCCUGUGUGCGGCCACCGCCGGGCUACGAGCAGUACAACGCGCCGGGCUACGCUCAACACAGCGCAUCGGGCUACGCGCAACACAGCACAUCGGGCUACGCGCAAUGUAACGCACCGGGCUACGCGCAAUUCGGCACACCGUCUGCGGUUCCCCCUCCGCCGCCGCCGCAGUGGGGUGCAGUGGGGCCGACGGGGGUAGCUCCGUACCUCUCUCGGGCUGCGGCACCGCCGGCACGAUCUGAACCAUCACCCCCGCCGCUAUGGCAGCAGGCCGCGUACGGUGCGCCUGUAAGUGUUGGCAUUGGACAUGUUGGUGUUGGUGUUGGUGCUGGUAUUUGUGGUGCUCCGACUUACUACGGCCACGCGGCGUCCGCGAGGGUGGGAGCGGGGCAAGGGGUGGGUGGAGUAUGGGGCCAUUAUCCGGUGAGCGCUCAGAUGCCCAAUGCUAGGGUGCCGGCGGGGCAUGCCGGAGGCUGGGCGGGGUAUUCCUACGGCCCUGGGUACGGUGGGUACGGUGCCACACCCCAGCCGCCAUUCUUGGUGAGGAUGCUGUUCUCUUGACACGCGGCUGCGAGCACUUUGCCCUUGAUCGGGGUUUCCUGUAUUUUGAAUGCGGUGCAGGUUGACCUCCCGUUUUUUGGUUCCGUAUCAAGUGGUCUUAAGCACUUGGAGGGAGACGUAUUUUGACAUGAAACUGAUGGUGACCGGCGUUGUUGGAGUUCCUGCCGUGCUACGUUGUUUGAGGAAACGACGUUGGAUGGCGGUGGUGGCGCCUGGUCACGCUGUAUAGGUAACGAUAAAUAUCUUGCAAUUCUUAGAUGGCCUCUGUAUUCGGCCUCUAGAGGGAC